UGCCAAUUUGAGGGCAGGCAGUCCACUGAUGACAGGAAGGAUGCAAGAAACGGCAAUGAAGGAGCUGAAAUAGCGGGCGGGUCGCCAGCGUGCGUGCAUGCAAUGCAAGCCAGGCAUGCAGGUCUAAUUGAGGCAUGUUGCUGCGGCGUGAAAGAGACAAGCAAUUAGCUAGCCUAGCAGCUAGGUCCCAUCCAUCCAUCCAUCCAUCCAUCCAUCCAAGAAAGAAACAUAGACACAGGGCCGGCCGGCAAGGAAGGAAAGGAAGGCAGGGAUGGCAUCGUUCGGUGAGGCCCCGGCGGGCAACGCGGCGAGCGGCGAGAAGAUCUUCAAGACCAAGUGCGCGCAGUGCCACACGGUGGAGCGCGGCGGCGCCCACAAGCAGGGCCCCAACCUCAGCGGCCUCUUCGGCCGCCAGUCCGGCACCACCGCCGGCUACGCCUACUCCACCGCCAACAAGAGCAGGGCCGUCGUCUGGGAGGAAAACACCCUCUACGACUACCUCCUCAACCCUAAGAAGUACAUCCCUGGCACCAAGAUGGUGUUCCCGGGCCUCAAGAAGCCUCAGGAGCGCGCCGACCUCAUCGCAUACCUCAAGAAAUCCACCGCUUAAUAAUUACCAGCUUCGUUCUUCUUCCAUCAUCUCAAGUACCGCAAGCAAACAAGUUUGCAGACAAUAAGUUUGCAGACACAUGCAUGUAUAUAGCUAGCUAGCUGUCUGCUGCAUACACUAUAUAUGUUUAUGUACGAUAUAUUGAUUGCUUCAUCCAUGUGUACGUACGUGUCCAUGUAAUUAAAAUGGUGAUCCAUUUUA